AUGCGGCUUCGCCUGCUGCUGUCCGCGGGCGUCCUGCUGGCCGCCCUGCUGCGCGGCCCGCCGUGCGGGGCCCUGCUCCGCCGCCGCCCCCGGCGGCGGCGCGCCGAGGAGCCGCCCAUCUCGCUCGACCUCACCUUCCACCUGCUGCGCCAGGUCCUGGAGAUGGCCCGCGCCGAGCAGCUGGCGCAGCGCGCGCACAGCAACCGCAGGCUGAUGGAGCUGGCGGGCAAGUGA